UCAACAAAAAUAGAAAGGGGCAUACAUUUGGGCUUGUGUCCGCCGCGAUGAGAAGCGAUGGCUGGUGGCCAAUUGAAUCGAGGCGGAUCGCAGAUCUCAGACCAAGAACAAUGCGCAUUCUUUAUUGUUCGUUCAAUUGGGUAACGUGCUCUGUCUAAUUUUGCAUUCGACAUAACAUAAAACCCAAAAAAUAUGAAUCAGUCGGGGAUGCAUAAAAAGAAGCCAAGGAUACGGAAUCGCCAGCGGAACAAGAUAAACCAGUUGCAUUCGGAACAAGAGGAAAACCUUAAUCUAUCUGCUCCCAAAAGUGAUGAAGUUAAUAGGAGAGUUUCUCCCAUUAAAAAUGACAUCCCAGUUGAAAGAUCUCCUAAAAGUGCUUCGCCAAAAAGUGACAAAAGUGACUUCCAGGUGGAAACUCCACCGAAAAGUGAUCAUUCUCAGUUGGAAAACUCGAAAGAGAACGAAACCAUCAGGCUAAUUCAGCAACUAUUACGUAGAAAAUUAUUGGCCAAUAAUAAUACAGCCCCAAUAAACGAACCUGUGCCAGUUAAUAUUCAACCUAAAGUAGUUAGCCAAUCAAAAGAAUCAAAAACGGAAGAAAAGAAACCAAAGGUGGCUUCUGCCCCAGAAACUCACAAAAUUCCAGUAGAAUCCAAGGUAACCGGAAAUCCUUUUAAGGAUGUAAAACCUGAGGAAAUGGAUGACCUUCUAAAAUGUUUGGGUACCAAAUUGCAAAAGGGAACUGGAGACUUGCCAGCUGCGGCGUUAAUCAGCAACCUGGGCAAACUUUUCAGCCAAGCUCCUCCAAGCGAUGUGGAAUCAUCCGAUGACGAGGCGGAGGAGUACGUGGAGUACAUCUACAAGCCAAGGCAAUAUUUUAUGGCCUCAUUAUGCAAUCUGUGCAAGGCGGACCUGUGUGCUCAAAAGCGGAUACCCUGCUCUCGUUGUGGACUGAGCUACUACUGCAGCGGUGGCCACAUGAAAGACGACCAGGAGCACCGGCAGUUGUGCUACGCCCUGCGCCAAACGGUGGACCGCAACGGUCACGAAAUGUUCUACAAGUGCGGCGACUUCAGUGGCGAGCAGUUCCGUUCCUACCGGAUCGUGUGCAUCCGCCAGGUGGAAAAGGAGAUGAAUCGCCAACUCACGGCCACGGAACAGGAGCUGCUCCUCUUUCCAAUGAUCUGUGGCGAACCCAAGUGCCGGGAGAACCGCUUCCAGCGACUCGCCAUCUGCGGAGGAUGCGGCGAGGUGGCCUUCUGCAAGGAUAAGCCCGGUCAUCGGAGCAAGGAGCACGCCAAGUGGUGUGGUUCUUAUCAACUGUUCAAGGCUUUCAUCAUGUUCCAGGCGAAGUUCGGCCGGAUGGAGCCAUCGCUGCCCAACAAGAUACUUCGGGAAUUACCUAUGGCUUGCUCCAACACCAAACACAUGAUGAAGAAACUUAAUUUCAAUGUUACCAAUGAGUGCGAAUAUGCCGCUUUGACUCAGGUUUCCACAGGACCCUUAACUGCCUGGUUUGCCCUAAAACUCUGCGAACGUUUAAGAAACUGUGAGGUAUUAACCCUCCACUUAAUUGGAGCCGAGAUAGAAUUCGAAGUGGAUAUGCUACAGAAAUGGGAACUAUUCCUCCUCCACAUAAUGCCAUCGGUGAAAACCCUAAAUGUGGUUUUUAUUGGACCAGAACUUAAUCCCAAUAAUAUAUCCUUUGAGCAGCUUAAGAAAAUCAAGUGCUGCCGUUUGUGCCAAAAAGCCCAGAGAACUGUAAACUAUUAUUUUGAGAAUGGUUUGUAUCACAAUUACUGCAAGGAACCGCAUUUUCUUCAGCCAACUUUGGUUUGUUUUUUCAACUCUGGUUUAUACCGAUCGACUGGUUUUGCUCUCGAAGAUACUUGGCCAGAUACCAUUCAGGCCGCACUUGAUCUUAAAUGUCCCAUUGUGGUGACUUCAUAUACCAAAUAUGAAGCUCCUCUGGACAUGGUUCACUUUAUAAACCAAUCGAAUCGCCACAUAAAUGUUGUCCUGCCGCCGACUACAAAUCCUUUUUGUUCGGAAAAGCCAGAACGAAAUUUUAUAUCAGAUAAUGAAAGCCCGUUUAUGUUUAAGAACUUUUACUGUUUUGUAAUUGAGUGAACGACCGUUAAAAUUUUUUAAAUAUUUUAUAUCUUUUGUGAAAACAAAUAAAAGUAAGAUUUAACAAAUCAAACUUUAUUUUUCGAAAAUUACAUUUUAAAAAAAAUUCCGUUGAACUGCUAGGAAACUUGAACUUGAUCUUUAUAUUGUAGCAUUCUUUUAGGAUGAAAAUUAACUUAACAAAAAAAAAAAUAAAUACCAAAAUCUGACAUAUCAUAAAGAUGAGAAAACGCAAAAAGUCUUAUAACUUCAUAAGAAAAUUGUUAACUAAAAAGUUUACUAGCUUUGCGUUGUACUUCAACAAUUAAGUAACGAAAAAAAGAACAGAAUCAAUAGAGGAACAUAUAGAUAAAAGUGGUGUCCUUU